AAAUUUUCUGAUAACAGUUUUACAUCGUAGAACAAAUUUCAAGCCUCCAGAUUCACACUUGAGCAUUGCUUCAGGAUUGAAUUUAUUAUUAAUUUGUGAGUUUUGACUUAGUCAAACUGAGUCGGGUUCUCUUCUCAAAGCGAUUGGAAAGCAGGGAAAAAUGAUUUUUCCGUCAUUCUUUGCAGUAUUUUUUAUAGCAAAUGUCUAUUCGAGUAUAAUCAAAGAUGAUGAUAAUAUUAAUUGGGAAUCAAUUAUUGAGAAAGUGAAUAAAGCUGAUACAACGUGGAUUGCUGGAAGAAAAUUCCAUCCCGAGUUCAACAAGAAAGCAUUUAAACGUUUAUUGGGAGCCAAAUUCGACCAGCCAUACACAGGUCCAGUGAAAACUUUGGAUGAUUUCAAAGAGCGAGUGAAUAUUCCAGACGAAUUCGAUUCCAGGAAGAAGUGGCCUUACUGCAAAUCAAUCGGUCAUAUUCGGGAUCAGAGUUAUUGUGGUUCAUGUUGGGCGUUUGCCACUACGUCUGCCCUGACGGACAGAUUUUGCAUAGCUACCAGAGGCAAGUACAAGCCGACUUUGUCCAGUGAGGAUCUGCUGAGCUGCUGCAAUGAGUGCGGCUUUGGCUGCGAGGGCGGCUACAUGUGGAAAGCCUGGAACUAUUUCGUCACCACCGGUGUUGUUACUGGUGGAGAUUAUGACUCUCAUGAGGGCUGUAAACCGUAUUCGUUAAAGGCGUGUGAGCAUCACACCAAUGGAAGCAGACCAUCAUGUCAGUAUUAUGGAGACCUGGUCACGCCCAGCUGCCAUCAGAGGUGCACAAACAGUAAACACAUCAAUUCAUUCCAAAAAGACCACCAUAAAGUGAAAUCAAUUUACUUGCUGAACAGCACAGAGGCCAUUCAAAGGGAGAUCAUGGAAAAUGGACCUGUGGAGGCUGGGUUUGUGACUUAUGAGGAUUUUGUGACGUACACAUCGGGAAUCUACCAGCACGUAAGUGGAGAGAUGCACGGAGGACAUGCGGUGAAAAUAAUCGGAUGGGGCUCUGAGAACGGCGUUCCCUAUUGGCUGAUCGCCAACUCCUGGAACGAUGAUUGGGGUGAAAAUGGCUACUUCAGGAUGCUGCGCGGCUCAAACGAAUGUGAGAUUGAGUCCGGAGUGAUGGCUGGUAUACCCAAAGUUGAGAAAAACUAUGUUCGACCUCAAAAAUCACACAGGAAGGAUUAUCAUUGAUUUAGCAAAGAAUCUUUUUUAUUAGCAAAUAUAGAGAAUACAAAAAACA